AUGUUGCGCGCGGCCCUUGCCUUCAACGGCGCCCUCAUGCUUCUUUGGAGCCCGGUGCUGUUCUUCAACAUGGAGAUGAUGUGGAAGGCCAUGGAAGGCCGCAAGGCCGCGCAGGCCAAGACGGCCUUCGACGUCAUGAUCUGGCGCAUCUGCGCGCUGUGGGUGGCAUGCACCGGCCUGGUCUGCCUCUUCGCCUCCGACGUUCCCAGCGGCUUCUGGACCGCCCGCUGGGGCGUCGAGCCCGCCUUGCUGGAAGCUGUCAGGCGCCCUCUGGGGUGGCUCUGUGUCUGCAUGCAUGGCAUCGAGGUGUGUGUCAAGUACGCCGCGGUGGGCGCGAAAGUCACACAGGCGGCCUCUGGCAACGUGGUGCUCGCGGGCUGCAUCCUCGUCGCGCUGCUGCUGGAGUGA